AUGACAAUUGAACGUGGGAGGGGGCGGAAGGAGAUGGAGAAGUUGGAGGUGACCUCAGUCCAGCGCCAGACUCUGCCGCAGGAGAGUAGCAGCAGUGGGGACAGCAGCGAUAGUGGUUCUGAUUCCGACUCCAGCUCCGACCUCAUUGGCCCCCCCAUCCCCUCCAAGCUUGCUACCCACGGAGACCCCGACGACAUUGUGGGCCCCCCACUUCCUCCGGGGUGCAGAGGCAGUUUGGCGGACGAUGAUGAUGACGAGGAAGACAUGCAGGACGAAGACGAUGACAACCCAGUCAAAAGAAUUCCAGACACGCAUGAAAUCACACUGCAGCAUGGCACAAAAACGGUAUCCGCUCUGGGCUUGGACCCCUCGGGUGCUCGGCUGGUUACCGGGGGAUACGACUAUGAUGUGAGAUUUUGGGACUUUGCCGGGAUGGAUGCUGCUCUGCAGGCCUUUCGAUCCCUGCAGCCCUGUGAGUGCCACCAGAUAAAGUCCCUGCAGUACAGCGUCACGGGCGAUGUCAUCCUGGUGGUUGCAGGCAGUGCUCAGGCUAAGGUCCUGGACCGGGAUGGCUUCCCGGUUCUGGAGUGCGUGAAGGGGGAUCAGUACAUCGUGGACAUGGCCAACACGAAGGGUCACACUGCAAUGUUGAACAGUGGCUGCUGGCAUCCAAAGAUCAAGGAAGAGUUCCUGACGUGCUCAAACGAUGGUACGGUGCGUACCUGGGACCUGAACUCGGAGAAGAAGCACAAGUCCGUGUUCAAGCCCCGCUCCCUGCAGGGUAAGAGGGUCACCCCCACCUGCUGCUCCUACAGCCGGGACGGAAAGCUCAUUGCGGCCAGUCGUGAGAGCAGGAGAGAGGACGCUGUGUACACUUCAGGCUCCGCCUCCUGCAUCUCAGUCCAGAUCAAGACCGUCUCCCGGGGGCCGAGGCCUGCCCAUGAGCAGGUCAGCGCAGGACGCCACUUCAUCAACGUGAUUAAUCUGGAGGACGAGGAUCUGCUGGAGCACCUGCCCUCCCGCCAGGCUUCUGCCUCCCCGACCGGGCCGACCUCCACCCCCGUCUCCCCCCACACCCACCGGCCUGGAGCUCCUGGCCCAAAUCACACCUCCACUGAGCAAAUGACUGUGGAGACUGUGCUCGACACACAGCUGGAACCCAGUGAGAGGCCCAGUCCCCCUGUGAUACCGGGCCUGUGGGGCAUCUCUGAACCCGGCCAGGAUAAGGAGCCACUCGGGCUACUCGUGGAGAUAGAGCCUCUCAGCCUCCCCAACUCUUCGCGUCUCGGUCUGGGCCUCAGGGACUCUUUGGGCCUCAGUGUGAGCUUCAGGGACGUGGAGGAGCAGAGCACCAGCAGCAGGGGUGGUGUGGGAAGAUCAGCAGACGCUUUUGAUUCCAUGAUGGAAAGGUCUGGAAAGUUUUCAGACGGGCCUCUGGACCUGAGUGACACGGGCGACACCCUGACAGAGUUGGGCGGGCUGAGAGGUGCCUCCACCUAUUCACUCGGCCCAUCAGACUCACUGAGAGACAGGUUUCUCAGACGGGGUGAGCAGAACAACAUGGGGGUGGAGGAGGAGGAGCAGCGAGAGGAACUGCGGGCAUGGAUGAAGAAGAAGCAGAAAGAAAGGAUUGCAGAAUACCGCAGACAGAGGGAGGAGAAGAGAGAGCAAGAGCACCGGCCCUUCACACCUUCGUCCACUCAGAAUCUGACCUCCAGAGAUCUUUCUACCAACAAGAAAAUGAAGGAAAAGAAGGAAAAGACAUUGCUGCUGGAACACCACACCCUCAGAGCCCGAGAGGCCUGUAGCUUGAUUACAGAGCUGCUCAAGCCGUCCCCAGCCCUGCCCACCCUCACUAAGGCCCAGCCCUCACAAAGCACCAAUCAGAGCAGCCGCAGGCCCAAGGCCCAGCCCUCACAAAGCACCAAUCAGAGCAGCCGCAGGCCCAAGGCCCAGCCCUCACAAAGCACCAAUCAGAGCAGCCGCAGGGCUGCUCCUCACGGCUACAGCAGGCCUGAGGGGAGGAGGGGGAGGGACGCUCUGUUCCACACAUCUGCCUCUCCUGGGAGGACCGCAGGAGUACGGAGCAUAUCUGCCCAGCGUGGAGAACAUCAGCUCACCACCCGCCGUAUGCACAGACCUGGUGCACUCCCAGAUGCCCGUCUGACGAGAUGGGGUGUACAAGACACCAGGGGCAGGAGACCGGGCAAAGGCUGGAUGAAGGGAAUACGGCCACCCCUGAAGGAGGACAGGAUGAGAAGAGAGAGGGAAGUGAGAGAGGAGGUGGAGGAGGAGAGUGAUGACGAGCAGCUCCUGAGCCCAUGGAACCCUCCUCUGGAGAUCCGACGCUUGCUUGGCCUGGACAACCAGGGCUCUGUGGAAGAGCGGAGUGGAGCUCCAGGGAGUGGAGCUGGAGUCUGGCUGAAGGGGCUGGACAGGGACUCCCCCUCUGAGAGCACUGGCAGUAUCCUCAGCAAACUGGACUGGACCGCCAUCGAGAAGAUGGUGGCCGAGGAGGACCAAGUCUGAUCCAAAGAUAAUUUAUAUUGUGUGUGACAGUUAAACUGUCACAUCUCUCAGGUUUACAGUUGUUGAAUUGUAAUAUGAAUUUUUCUAUUUUGUUUUGGUACUUUAAGUGCUCUGUACUCUCAGUAAAUACUGUAAAUGUGAUUGUGAGUGUGACCUUUAAUGUUUUUUUAAUGUGUGAUUGAGUAUCAGUCACAAAGAAUGCCAUAAAUCUUGCCUUAUACAAGGAGCCUGUGGUGGUGCUAGUGCCUUUGGUGUUUCCAAUAAAACAUUUUAAAACCAA